AUGAAGGAUAUCACAGUGCUUCCCAAAUCUUCGGCCGAGAAAAACGUCCCCCGAAAGCUCAGAGGGACAGCACAAAUAAGCUCCGAUACCAAUGUGACCCACAAUGCGAGUACCAGUCAGACUGCCAGUAGUGUUAGUCAAGCCUCUAGUAUUUUGGAGACGAGCAAGAAGCGAAUACAAGAAAGUGAGGAAGUUCUGACAUUUCAACAAAGGGAAAAGCGGAAACGUGACCAAGGGAUGGCCUCCAGAGGGAAGAACUAUGUGGAGGAGGAAAAGAGAAUUUUACGUCAGGGCGGCUUCGAUUGAUUGUGGGAGAGAUAGGCAGAACGUACAAUCAGCCUUUACGAAUUCGUUCAUUUUGUUUGGAGGCGCGCAAGAGAUAGGUGUGUGAACAAGCACUUUGCACAUCCAAGACAGCUAUGUAGUCAGUCUUCAUGUGAGUGCAUCGCUCUUGAAAAUUUCAGAUGCUACAAACACAAAAGGACCUCUGUUCAUAGCUCAGAUGCGCAAGCUAGUACUGCUUGGCGACGCUAUACCGCCAUACAAUGGUUUGUCAGUUACAAUAAUCACUUGUACUCACUGAGACAGCUACUAAGCAUAUUGCUCAGCGCAGGAAUUGGAGCCGCUAAUAACAUCAAGUCCGUACGUCUUGUCCCAGAUUCCACAAUCAUAAGAAUACUCGCAAGUACACGUGCGUAUGUGUUGUCUAGUGACGUUAUUUUAUUUAGUCUUACAAGCUGUGAUUGCUUAGUCACAUUCCUCUCUAGUAGACGAGGUGCAUGUUUGUUAUCCAAAACCUUUACUUAGAGGACGCGUGUGGGAUUUUUAAGCCUAGAGCCCCCCUAUUUAAAUCUGCCAGCAGCUGGGCGGCAAAGUUUUUCAACAGGUGAAGAUACAUUGGUUCAUUGCUGUAGUCCACUAGUCCCACUGAGUCUUAACAAAGAUCGUUUAGCCACAUUAUGGAAGUGGAUCUUUCCGUUUUUAGGCAAACAUGUUUGUACUGAUUGGGUCUUAUACUUUGAACGGGGACUAGAAGUAAAUCCUACUCGGCUGAUAAUUGGAAUCCUCGAAAUCGGUCUACGGGUGUCACAGCUCGUGUUAGCUGUAGUCAAGAAUGGAGUGGUGACACUGGCGGCGCUUCAGUCAGCGCAGGUAGAUGCCUCAGGAUUUAUACGUGGAGUGUAGAUAGGGAUUCAUCCAGACUGUCAGGGCAUCAGGUCUGUCGUCCUUGUCGUAUGUGAGGCACAUACUUAUGAAAUCCUGUUGAGUGUGAUAUAUUCGCUCAGUUAGUUGGCCCAGUGGAUUUAGCGUACCCCUUGACUACCCGAGGGGCAAAAGCACAUUGUGCAAUACUCGACGAGAGGUUGAAUAGAUGUCAACACAUCUAACACAGGAUAAAAUAAAGAUGUACACCA